GCUCUCAUACAGAAUUACGUUCGUACGGUCUUGUAAAAACUCACUGCUACUUAAUAUAAAAAAAAAUAUAUUUGAUAAUGGUAAAGGUUGGUUUAAAAAAUAAAAUUUAACACGAUAUUUUUUAUUAAUAAAGGAAUCUGCAUUUUGUUUGAAUGAUUUAAUAGACAAGUCCUACAAGAAAAGACUUGAGACUUGUUGAGAAAAUGAAUCGACGGCCCAAUCCCAAUGAAGAUGAAGAUGAUCUUCUAAAGCUGCAGCAGGAGUUUUUAGCAGCCCAAACAACAGGUUCAACAAAUAUUAAAAAGCCUGACAAGCGUAAGACUGAAAAUGCUGAGAAAAGCGAAGAUGUUGGACAUGUCAUCACAACAAAAGGUCUGUAGUCUGUAAAGAAAGUGAAAGGAAAAUCAUUUUGUUGCUGUCAAUUAAAUCAUUAAAAUUUAUAUAAAAUUUUAGUUUUCAAGUUCAAAUAAUAGUCUAGGGUCAGGGAAGUAUGAUCAUAUCAUUAUCAUAGCCUUUUUUCUUCAUAACGGCAACCCCAAUUUCUUAUGGAAAGUCCCAAAAUAAAUCUAAACAUGAGACACGGGCCUAACAAAAUGUAACAUUAAAGUUUAAAGACUGAAGCUUAUUAAUAUUAAAAAUUCUAAAAGUUCAAUUAUGAAAUAUUCUUAUCUACUUUUUUCCAUUAUUAAAUCCUAACACUUCAAGACAUACAUUUUUCUAUGAUUCUACGUCUUGACUUGUAAGUUUCAUCUUCCUUAAUGAAUAAUUUCUUUCCUGUUUUUACCAGAUAAUCAGGAUUCAAGUGAUGUACCAACAAAGAGAUUGAAAGUCAGAUUUGAUCCAAAUAGUUCUGAUGUUUCAGCCAGACUGGAUUCAGAGAUCCACGGAAGAAAUGUUGAUGAAGUUGAAGAUUUGGAAGAAAUGAUUGACAGUAAGUUGAAGUAAUUAAUUCUGAUACUUCUUGUCACAUUCAUUUAUCUUGUGACACUUUAAAAAAAAAAAGUUGAGGAGUCUGGCCACUCAGGUUACUUCGAAUUCAGUACAACUUUCAUAUUGAAAUUUACCUGUUUUUCAGAUUUAAAAAAAGCAACACCUUUGCAAUAUAAAAAAAAGAGUCACUUUCUUAAAAGUAAAAAAAAAAUUCUCAUUAUGCAACUCAUAAGAUUUUUAAAUGUAUUCUUAUAUUUUAGGUUAAAUGUUCACCAAUCUGAAACAAAGGUAUCAAAAUGUCUGUCGAAAUAAUGAAAUUGAUUCUGAUUAAAUUUUUCAGAACAAGACAGAGGGUUAGCAGCGGUCCUAAGCACUAUAAUAGUAAGUUGGAUCAAAUGUUAUACUAAAAUAUUCCUAAAGUGUUUAAAAAAAUUGAAUUCAAAUUACUUUUAGUAUCAUAUAUACAGUUCACGCCAAAAGUAACAUGACUGAAACUGCCUCAUCUUGAACCAAUAUUUGUCAAUGAUGCAUAGCUCAAGCCACCACAUGUUUCCUGGGGUGUCAAAGAAGUUGUAUUGGGAGGUUUUGGAAAUAACUCUCCCUAAUUAGAAAAUAUUUACGUAGUUGAGCACUGUCUUUGUUCAUAUGAAACUGGUCGUGAAGGAUGAGUUUGGAAAAGGGUGGCAGAAUAAUUGAGAGAGGGAUUUGUAACGGACAAUGUUUUCACAUGAAAACAGGGAGGUAGCAUGAGUGAACAGUGAAUUGUGUUGACCAUGUUUUUCCACGAGAGAGAGAGUGAAUUGUAUUUUGAGAGGACAAUGUGAGCUCCACGUUUUUGGAGAGUAAAAUUAUGUUUUUGUCAGAGCGGUUGUUUUCCACGCUUUGCUGGUAAUAAAGUAUGAGUUGACUGAGAUAGUCAGAGCUGAGCGCAGAGCAGUAGAGAACAGUAGUGUUAGAGCUGAGUUACGAGACAGUUGAGCUGAGUUGUAGCAGUGUGAGGACGUGUCUUUCUGAAUGAUGGAAUACUAUAUAUACAUAUGUGAAAUUACAUUCAUGCAAGGAUUAUUAUUAAUAUUAUCAGUAUAAAGUGUGUUCAAUAAAGUACUGUAAGUUUAACCUGGAUUCAGUAUUCUUUGCGUGCCUGGAUAAUAAGUGGAAGAAUGAAGAAGUCUUAGUCGGCAUCCUGAAGUAUUAACAUAAGUAACCAUACUACUGACAUAACCCACUAAGUUGCAAAUCAUGUCAGAGUAUAUGUGUUACAGGAUUUAAUAAGACGGCACCAAGUAACACAAUUAUGCUGUCUCUUGUUUAGAAUUUCUCCAUUCUAGAAAUGUACCGUCUCAAUGGACGGGUAAGGUAACACAAUUAUCCUGUCUUUUGUUUAGAAUUUCUCCAUUCUAGAAAUGUACCGUCUCAAUGGACGGGUAAGGUAACACAAUUAUCCUGUCUUUUGUUUAGAAUUUCACCAUUCUAGAAGUGUACCGUCUCAAAAGACGGGUAAGGUAACACAAUUAUCCUGUCUAUUGUUUAGAAUUUCACCAUUCUAGAAGUGUACCGUCUCAAUGGACGGGUAAGGUAACACAAUUAUGCUGUCUAUUGUUUAGAAUUUCACCAUUCUAGGAGUGUACCGUAUCAAAGAUGGGUAAGACUGGUCGACCAGUAACUUUUUCCACAAAUGAGAAUAACCAAAGUGUUCAGCAGAUUCUACAUUGGCCCCUAUUGAGUCUGCCACUAACAUCUUUGAAACUGAACAUCUAGGAUACAUCCACUCAUGGUUUGUCUAAUGACAUAGUUGGAUUUGUAGCACCAGAUACUGUUGGACAGCACUCAACAGAGACAGAUAUUUCAGCCCGGAUGAUGUAUUGUGGAUCAUUUUUGGCUAUGGUGUGCGAGGAUCCAUUUUUUUUUAGGACUAAUUUGGUUCUUGGACAAAAAUGAAAUUCACUUGGACGGCUACUUCAGUUGUCAGGCAUUUCUCUUUGUGUUGAGUGGCCAGAUGUUAUUGUCCAGAAAAAAACUACAAAGUGCAUGUUUGACAAUAUGAUGUGCUUUUUCAGAACACAGUAUAUUUGAAGCACCUAUUUCAUUGAGAAUGAGGAAGGCAAUGCUCUUAAGGUCACCCAAGAAAGCUACAGAGGCAUAGUGAUGGAUCUAUUUAUUCAGCCUUUGAGAGGUUUCUGUCUUGCAAAGAAAAUCAACACAAAUAGACAGUGUUAUCAACAGGACGGGGACACCAGCCAUAACGCUUGAGGAUCUAUUGCUGCAGAAAAACUGUCUUAAAUGAAUAAUUUCAUGUGGUACUGACAGCCCAUACCUGUCUCACUUACCUGAUCUUACACCACUUGAUGCCUACUUGUGAGGAUCGUUAAAGGAGAGUGUGUUCAACCGUAAAGAUCCGCCAAGAACUGUGUCUGCAUUAUGCCAGGAAAUGGUCUCCACUUGCAGGAGUCUGCGGCAGCCAUUGUUCAGUGGUAUGUUGGAAAAUUUACAUGAGCGAUAGUUUCAGUAUCUACAGCAGUGGUUCUCAACCUUCCUAAUGCCGCAACCCUGUAAUAAAGCUCCUCAUGUUGUGGUGAUCCCCAUUCAUAUAAUAAUUUUCAUUGCUACUUCAUAUAUUUGUGUUUUCCGAUGGUCUUAGGCGACCACUUUGUAAGUGUCGUUUGAACCCCCAAAGGGGUCACGACCCACAUGUUCAAAACCGCUGGUCUACAGCAAAGCGCUUCACACUAUGAAGAUUGAAGUUAUGCAUACGGUUGUAAAUCAACACGGUAAGAUAUUGUGUAUGUUAGUUUCUUUCAGGAGAAAUAAAUUAACAGAUGACAACAAGGAAACAUUUGUUCAUCUUUCCUUUUCAGUAAAGUUACUUUUGGCACAUGCUGCAUUUUUAUUUAAAGCUUAAUAAUUAGUCUUUCUUACAAAUAAAUUUAAAUUAAGUUCCAUUUGUCUAUCACAUAACUUUUAUCUGCAUGUUAAAAUAAAAAAACAAACAAUUUUAUAUUUAAAAAAAACUAAUGAAAAUCUAAUAUCGUUUUCCUUUUUUUUUUGUCCCUUUUUGUUUACCACCAGGAAAGAGACACAAGAAAUGAAAUGUGUAUGGCUCCUUUUCUUGGAAAACAAGGAUUCCCAACUUCUGUGCAUAUGAACCUUGACCUUAAGGUAAUUUUUUUUAUUUUCUAACUAGCCGUGAUGAAUGAUCAAUAAGAAAAUUUAUGCAAAAAAAAUUGAGAACCACUGAUAAAUGUGAAUGUGUCUUAAAACAUUACUUCUAUUGAAGCUUUCAUGCCAUUUUUUUUAUGAACUCUUAGAACAUUGCUAAAGACACAACUCCAUCUGUGAAGACGAGGAAAAAAAGUUUAUUCGCACAGCAGGUGGAAGCUCAAGGUGUCAGACAUUUAGGUGUGGAGCCCGCACCAAGAAGGCUUGCCGGCUCUUCUUCCCUCGGUUCACCACGACCAUUCAGAACCACAGAAACAGGUUUCAUUUCAAAAUUCAUCGUACAUUUGGCCACAUCUUUUUUUCUGUUGUGACAGAUGACAUAACUGUGUGAAUUAAAAGUGAAAAUGCAGUUCAUCUCACAUUAUGAAUCUUAAGUAAUUUAGUGAUAGCAUUUAACAUUUCACCAUUCACUUAAUUCUCAGGGAAUUUAGAAAAACUUCUAUAACUAUUUAUUGAAAUGUAAAUAAAUUGUUUUUACAAUUCAUUUUGACACAAAAAUAAAAUUUGGUGUUUAAUAACAUUGUCCUAGUAUAAUAUUUUGUGUCUAAAUUGGAUAGACAGGGCAACAUUGUCAUGGUAUAAUAUUUUGUGUCUAACUUGGAUAGACAUGGCAACAUUGUCAUGGUAUAAUAUUUUGUGUCUAACUUGGAUAGACAGGGCAACAUUGUCAUGGUAUAAUAUUUUGUGUCUAACUUGGAUAGACAUGGCAACAUUGUCAUGGUAUAAUAUUUUGUGUCUAACUUGGAUAGACAGGGCAACAUUGUCAUGGUAUAAUAUUUUGUGUCUAACUUGGAUAGACAUGGCAACAUUGUCAUGGUAUAAUAUUUUGUGUCUAACUUGGAUAGACAGGGCAACAUUGUCAUGGUAUAAUAUUUUGUGUCUAACUUGGAUAGACAUGGCAACAUUGUCAUGGUAUAAUAUUUUGUGUCUAACUUGGAUAGACAGGGCAACAUUGUCAUGGUAUAAUAUUUUGUGUCUAACUUGGAUAGACAGGGCAACAUUGUCAUGGUAUAAUAUUUUGUGUCUAACUUGGAUAGACAGGGCAACAUUGUCCUGGUAUAUUUAAUGCAUACCUGGGCUGGCCAAGGCUUACUCUGGUCUUGUCUAUUCAUUAUAUCAGACUGAAUGAAUAGGCAAAAUUCAAAAUUUUAAUGAAUGUAUUGAAAUGCCUCAGCCUCUUUGUGAGGCGUGCACCUAGUGAGGAGCUGUUCAACAAAUAUUAACUAUAGCAAUUUCAUUGGUCUGUGGGGAGGGGCGAAUAAUCUUGAUAUAUAGCUCGUGCUGAGUCUUUGGUUUCUGAAAUAAUUUAGGGCAUAUUUUUUUUUAGUAAGUUGACUUUUUGUUAUCAUUCUCAGUUUUGACUGGCCCGUGCCUCAUCGAUGGAGCUGGACUAAGCGUUUCAAGUCGAGAAUCAGAGUCACUGAAAAUCCAUGAGGAAAACGUUGAAAAGUUGUCUUCCAUGUCAGAUGCAGAGAUUGUUGAGGAGCAACAGAAACUAUUACAAAUGAUAGGUAGAGAUUUAAGUACCGCAGAAUAUGUGGCUUUUCCUUAAUUUAAAGAUUAAAUUUCUAAUUUUUAAUAAUUUAUAUAAUCUACUGCUUCGUGUCCUUCAAAUAUAAUUCAAAUUGCAAGAACCGUUUUUGAAAAUGAAAAAAUAAUUUGAUGUUGAAAAAAAUAACUCGAACUGUCUGGUUGAACAUGAAAAGUUCAUAUUAGAUUUACGAUGAUGUUCUUAAGUCAGUUACUUAUUUACAACACUAGAUCCAAAGAUUGUUGAAUUCGUGAGGAACAAGAGAAAAAUCAAGGAGGAAGAGCAGGCAAAGAAAAGUGGAGACGCUUCCUACAAAGAUUUGACAUUUUCUGUACAGAAAGAAAAGAAAAGACAGCAGAAACAGGAUGUAGGUAAGUAAAUGUCUUUUCAUAUUUUUCAAACAUCAUAAGUAUUUCUAUUGACUUCCCAUCAGUCUUCAGCUAGAAAUGAUCAUUACUUAAAUUGUGUUAUGGAUUUCAAAAGCCAAGACAGUUCACACUGACAUUUUGUUAUAGCUCUAUUAUAAUUUUAAUUUGACACGAUUUAUAAGAGAGAAAGCAAGAGUUAUAAGAGAGAAAGCAAGAGUUAUAAGAGAGAAAGCAAGAAAGCAAGAGUUAUAAGAGAGAAAGCAAGAGUUAUAAGAGAGAAAAAAAGGCAUUGUAAGCUUUUAACUGUUUCUUGUUUCAAAUUUUAUAAAAAAAUGGAAAAAUGUUUCAAGACUUUAUUUUUAUAAACUAUUUCUUGUUACAUUUGUUUACAUUCUGAAUAUAUUUAGAAGUGAUCAUUUAUUAAUAUUAUUUAAAAAAAAAAUUCAGCAGCAAUUGAGGCAGAACUAGAGUUACCCGUUAAAGCUAAUAAAGAGUGGAUCCACAUGACCACGGUGGAAAAAGACAAACUAGAAUGGAUGAGAGAUCUGCCACUGCCGUCCUCCAUGUCAUCGGAGGUGAUGCAUCUAACAAUCAUCUUUUGUAUUGAAUGCUUGUCUAACUGCGUAGACUAAAUCAGUAAAUGAAAAAAUAAUGGUUUUAUGUUGCAAUUGUCAUGAUGAAAUUUCAAUAGCUGAUAACUUACGUGAAUUGAAUAGUGAUUGCUAACUCAUUUUUAUGUAACUGAUAUUUGUUACAAGAUUUCUUUUCACAGCCUAAUCAGUGUUACAUUUAAUUUUUCACUUAUCUUAAGCCAUCAGAGAUAAAUGUUGGGGAACUUUUAUUUAUUUACUAGCUGAUUGGUUGAGAUAAAAAAUUAUUUAUCACAGACAAUGAAAAUAUAGAAAAGUAUUUUCAGACAGGACGAUCUGCUAGAUUUGACUUCACGGGUAAUCUCAUGGCUGUAGAUUCUGAUGUUCCUGUCAACAUGGGACUUCAUCAUCAUGGAGAUGAGCCAGAGGUGUGUUGUUCAUUUCUGUUUAUGGAUAUCUACUUAAUAAUGCACAGAUCUAAUUUAUAAUGCACAUACAUAAUUUAUAAUGCACAGAUCUAAUAUGUAAUGGACAGAUCUAAUUUAUAAUGCACUGAUCUAAUAUGCAAUGCACAGAGCUAAUAUGUAAUAAACAUCUAAUAUGCAAUAUCCAGAUCUAAUAUAUUAUGCAAAGAAAAUCUGAAAAUUAUUUAAUGUGUAUUAUUUUAACAUUGAAUAAUGAAAGUAGUAAAGUUAAGUGCAAUAUUUUGUGACUCCUUGCAGAGAGCCGGCUACACUCUGGAAGAAAUGUUUCAACUGGCAAGGAGUUCAAAUUUACAACAAAGAGCCAUGGCCCUUCACACUCUCGCCAGAGUUAUCUCAAAUGUAAGCUUGUUCUUCCAUUUACAUGUCUGUUUAUAUUAUUUUAAAAUGUACAUAUUUAUAUUGACAGUCUUCUAAACAUUGUUGCUCUAACUAGCACUGAUAUAAUAAUAAUAAUAAUAAAGUUUAUUUGAAAAAUACGCUUCAUCCCCAAAAGCUCGAAGCACGGUACAAAGUCGACCAUAUUAAAAAGAGAAAUAAAAACAAUAUAAAAUUUACCACAUUUAAAAAACAGACGCAACAAUAUAAAACUACAUACGAGCAUACCAAGUCAAAGUCUUUCAUCCCAUUUCAACCAUGAGCAACACAAGCCAAUAUACAUUAACUGAAAAAAGAUGAUAGAUAGCAUCACCUCAGAAGGUGUUUGCGACAUAGAUGUGUUUUUAAAUCGAUAUCUGCAAAACAUGUCAGUGGAUUUGUUCCAUUAAGCCCUAAUUGAAAUUUGUUAUUUUCCAAGGCCAAGUCAGGAUUAUACAGCGGUAGAAUUGAAACGCCAAUAAUUCCCUCAAUACUAGCUGGGGGCGUAGUGAUCUUGCUGCGAUGGGCCCUGGACGACAGUGUGCCCAGCGCCGUCUCUGCUGCUGUAGACGCCCUGCACUCUCUGCUUGUGAACACACUGGAUGAGGUCAGUGGCCAGUCAACUUAAUAAGUGUAUUUUGAGGCUCAUUUACAAAUGUUUGAUUUAAUGUAUACUUUUUUGAGAUACAUCAUAAUUAUUAUUGUUUAUGUAAGCAUGAUAUCAGUUAAGUAGUGAGAAUUUACCAAUUUUUGUGACAUGUCGCAUCAUUAGUGGUUCACUUAAUAUCUUGAUUAUGUUUGGGAAGACCAAAUGAUUGGCUGUCCCAAAGUGUUCUCAAUUCUUAAAUCAUUUAGCACCCCCCCCCCGCAAGCCUCUCCUUGUUUUGUUUGCAUGCUUUCUUUGUGCUUGUUUAACCAACUGCUCAAUACAGUCUGGCUGUAUAUUCCAGGAAGCCAUAGACACUACUUGGCCCUUUUAUCACGGCCACAUUUUUCCAUCACUGAUGCCAACAGCCACUUUAGAGAAGGAGGAUCAGCCGGCUGAUUUAGAUGAGGAAAAUAAAGAAGAGGAGACUGAUGCAGAUGUUGUCAAAAGAGAUGUGGUGCAGGUUUGUUGCGUGGCUUGAGCUGACUUAGGGAUAAAUCAUAAAUAGCCUUGAGAAAAUACAAGCUGUGAACUACAUAAUAAUUAAUACCUUUUGUUUUUUCUCCAACAUCCUCAAUACUGGGUAAUUAAAAUACCUUUGAAUUAAUUUCCAAAGUUUUUUAAUUGGCUCUAGUGGUUUAGAUUCAUUUGAAAAGUUAUUUAGAUAAUUGACAGUAAUUGUUUUCAACCAUUUAAUUUGAUUCAUUGGAAAAAUUAUUUAGAUAUUUAGUUGUUUUUUUUUAAAUAAAAAAAAAUUGUGAAUCCAUUUUACCAGAUAUAUUUAUGUAUAAAUAACAUCGCAACCAACAGGCUCUCGUGACAAGAAUGGAAUUAUUGACUCGUUUCCGCUACAUAUUUGAUACAAUUAGACCCCAGGCUGACACUGUCAUUCAGAUGAUUGAGAUCCUUCUGAGGGUUGCCCAGCACUCUUCUAACAUGGCUUAUGAGGUUGGAUUUUCUUAUCUUUUAAAGUUAUAGUUGUUAAUAACUGUUUGUUUAUCAAUUUUGAAAUAACCAAGCACAUGUUAUAUUUGAUCAAUUAUGAAAGCUCACGUGAUAUAUUUGAUCAAAUUGAAACACUCAAAAGUAAUGAGGUUGAUUACAGUUCAUGUUUAUAUAAAAAAAAAAUGCCUUGCUAUCUGGCAGCUAAUGAUGUUACCAUAGCGAAAGAUCCAAAUAUAUUAUAUGCCAAUGAGCAAUUUUAAAUGAAAAUGAACUGUUUAAUAUCCGGCUCCCAGUGAUUGCAGUGGAAAUAAUUUGUGUUUUAAUUGUCGAAAGGUAUUCAAAUGCCCUGGGUUGCUGGACAAAAUCAUCCAGGAGUUUGUACCCACAGCAUGGAUCUUAGAAGGUAAUGGAUUAAAAAUAAUCAAAGAUCAUUUUAAAAGGGAUUCUUUGAAAUGUAGUUGAAUGUAUUUGUAUGUAAAUGUAGAUCUUUGUUGGACAAAUUUGUACAUAUAAUGUAGAUCUUUGUUGAAUGUAUUUGUACAUAUAAUGUAGAUCUUUGUGUAAACUUGAUUGUUUGUGUUAUUUAAUUUGUGAAUGUGAAAAAUGGUACGUCCAGUAAUUAAUUAAACGUUAAACUGGUAGAUUUGUCUCGUACCUGCUUGAAUAUCAUCAAACUUAACUUGAUUUUUUGCAAACUUGAAUUAGAUCCAGAACAACGUGUUUCAUGUGUCUAUGGACUACCUGUAGCUGCAGCAUUACGUUUGAUACGUGUUUUAUGUCAAGCGGGUCGGAAUAUGGCAUCAAUGUUGGUAGGAUUUUUCUUAACUCACACGUAGCUAACUAACUCAAUGAUAAUCAACGUUCUUUUUCUAUACAGAACCAGUUAAGAAUAGGGAAGGCCAUAUUUGUAAAUAGAUUAGAAUAUGUUAAAUCAUUAGAAGCAAUUUAAAUAGAAAAAUUUCACAGUAAAUGUUCCCAUUUUGAAAACAGCCCUGAUUAGUAUUUGGUUUUACUUGUCAGUGUGUAGUUUUUAUACAGGCUUAAUUACUACAUACUCCUGUCCGUCUUCAGGCAUCACGGUUUCAAUUGAACAUAAUACUUUUGAGAUACUUGGCCGUACCUGCCAGGUAAGUCAUUUCAUUUUCAUUCCAUUCGGUAUUUAAAAAAGGAAUUUAAUAAAAAAAAAAUUAAUUAAAAGUUAAAUUUUUUUGGUUAUAUUUUGCAAUAACAACAGAAAACUCUUUAUGAAAAAAAAAUUAAAAUCUUAAAUUACAUUUUUGGCUGCCAGAGACUUACGUUUACCGCCUUUGGAGGCUGUUCACCUCCAGUAUGAAGCAUUGUCAGUGUGGAGAGUUUGUGCAACAUAUGGUCUGUGUAUGCAGACAUAUUUGUAAGUACAUUUUAAUCACUUGUUAGUUUGUGCAACAUAUGGACUGGGAAUGUAGACUUAUUUUCAGCUACAUUUUAAUGACCUGGUUGGAGACCAAAUAUAUAUAUAUAUGUACAUUGACACUAAGAUGGAUGUAUAAAUCAAACCCAGUUUUGGUAAAGGAUGGUGAAGCAAAGUUCAGAAAGUAUGAUAUGUUAUUAUAACUCAAGUUUUUACAGACCAAAAAAACAAUGAAAUGAAAAAUAGCACCUUAGUUAAUAACUAGGUCAUUAUGAGAAAAAUAGGUUUGUACAGUUCUGUAAUAUUUGAAGAGUCGAUUUUCAAAAUGCUGUAAUCUCCAUUUUUGGCGUUUUGAGAUAAUCGACUUUUUCUGCUACACAAUGUUGGCUCAAAUUUUCGGAAAAGUAAAUGUUAAUUUAGGUUUAUAUUCAAAAUAUAAGUUAGAUUAUGAUGAAAAUUGAAAUGUAGGUUAAUUAAAAUGUGGCUUAAUUUCUUAUUUCGUUUCAAAAUGCUGUGUAUCCAGCUGUAACUUAGCGACGAAAUGCUGUAUAUCCAUUUUGAUAGCAUAACAUUAUUCCCAGUAACAAACCACUUCCAUAACAAAAUAAAAUUAAUUUGUAUCCUAUACAUUAUAUAUUUGUGUAUAAUUAAUGUUUUUAAUUGAUAUAUUUUAACACAACAGUAUUAUAAAUGCUUGUAAUAGUGUAAUGUUUAGAGGGCUAUAAGUUUGCGUGAUUUGUUUUUUUAAAUCUGAAUUCUAAACAAAAGUAAACAAGAUAAUUUUCAAUUCAAAAAUCAUUUCAUUUGAAUUUAGAACAAUGACAAAAUAGAAAAUAAUGAAGUGUCUGAUUCAGAGUGUGCAUCAUCUUCAAUAGCAGUUUGGUUUUGUUCCAGGAAAAGUUGAUACUUCUUAUUUACAUUCAUAUCAGAGGGCAAAUAUUUCUGUCCUUGAGCACCCUUUCUCUGUAAUGGCUGGAUCUGCAUGUAAAAGAUUGAAUAUGUAAUAAAUAACACAGCUUACUCUGUAAAGCAACUUUUUAUUUUCAUUUCCUAAACCACUUCUGAUGUGUAGUAACCAUAACAAUAAUAAUAAUAAUGUAAAAUGAAAUUUAAUGUUUUUUAAAAUAAAGUUACCGGUAACUCACCUUGCAGAAGCAUUUAUCGUGAUUACACGUAACCGAGGGGAUCUUUCCUCCGCUUGAAUGAAGAAAUGAUUUUUAUUUUUCUCUUUUUGAGCUUUUUUUCUUUCUUUUUCGAGAUUUUAUAGUACAAACAACUCUUUCAUCCAGGCCGUCGUUAUGCACCCUGUUUGUUGUUGUUUCGCAGCGUGAUGUUUAGUGCACAUGCGCAGAAUAGCUUGCCAAUCACACGGAUUGGUCCAAAAAUAUAUACAGCAUUUUGCUAAUUAAAAAAAAUAUUCACCCCGCGUUUUGAAAAUAAAAUCAUGUUUAGAUAUAGAAUAAUAUAGGAUUUAAAUAUGUUAUGUAGAUAAACUUUAACAUGUCCUAAAGGAGCCUGGCUUGCUCUACAAGAAUAUACAGUUAUCUCAUUUUUUUUCAAAUGGCGGAGACGGCGUUUUGAAAAUCGACUCUUCAUUUAUUGAAUAAAUCAGCUUCUAAUAAAGAAAGUACUAAGUAUUGGGAACUUUUUUUUUUCUUUUAAAAUAAUAUUGAGCUUAUGUUGUAACAUCUUCCUUUUUUUUUUUACAGUGACCUCUAUAGCAACAUUGUUCUCAGUGUAGGAAAGUUGGAAACAAUUUGGUGCUCUUCACAAACAGCAGCAGCAACAACUUCACCUCCUGGAACAAAUGAGGGCGUAAUCAUUAAAUUUAAUGUUGGUCUAGUUUCUGUAUUGGAACAAAUCCUCUGUGUGGCUGGCAGCUGUAAAACAGAACAUAGUCUAUGGAAGUAAGUUUUCUGAAUAAAUAUAAAUCAGUAUCGGUUAUCAGUAUUGAUUUCAAUAUUCCGAUCCGGCAUGAUGGUAUCAGUUGAAAUGAAAAUGUUUAAAAUAUUCAUUUAAUUAAACAACCCUUAAAAACAAAGUUUUUCGUAUAAAUUCUUUAUAAAAUUUAAUAUAGAGGAAGGGGGGGGGGGGGGGGGGUUUGAAUUUGAGAAAACAUGGAUACAACUAAGGCACUUUAUAAGAAUCUCAAUUAGUGCUCCCCCCAAGGGUUCCAACCUGACAUUUCUUACACCCCUGAAAUGUAUUGAUAUUCUUCUGACCCACCCGCUUUUACACAGCAGAUUUAUUUCACCAUUUCAGAAAAAUGAAAAAAAUAUGCACCAAACGCACUUGCCAUAUUUAUUUAAAAGAAUUUUAUUUCGUGCAGAUAUCAGAAAUUUUAUUUCAUGAAAUCAUUGUCAUUAUAUUUCCUUUAUCUUACCCUUGAAAAACAGAAAAAAACUGAUUUUUAGGGUUGGGGUGGGCCUGAAAAUUUGAUAGAAUGUGUUGUCAUGGGAAAUAAGGCCAUGAGCCAUGUUUCAGCUUGAUAGGUUGACGGGAAUGAGCCGUCCCCAGAUUUUAACAGCCACAAACAUAAGCGAAGUUAAUGUAAAGGGUUUUAAAAAGAUGUAACUUAAAAAAUACUUAUUUUCAUUUUUUUUCUUAAGUUUCAUUAAUGUCAAAUGCAAUUUUUCGUCAUUUUAGCUCGGGACAAAUGGAGACGGAUGACAUCAUGACAUCGGCUGUCAACUGGAGUCACGUCACCGCCCUUUUUCAACCUGUUAAAACCUGCCUGAUCCAUAUGUUGAAUGACUUGGGGAAUAACUAUCCUGCAAAGGUAACACUCUUACGUAUAAAAACAUUUUAAAGCUUUGCUUUCUCUGGCUAACAAUUGUGCUUGCAAAGUACAAUGUAAAUAAAUAUAUUGUACAUCUCAGUACCUUAAGUGGCACGUAAAUAAUGGUGUAAAACUAAUUUUGAUACGUGACAAUUAAUGUAGUGUAACUCUUGUAUAGAAUUAGUCAUUUAUAACAUGACACUAAAAUAAAGAGGUAGUUUAAUUCCCCUAUCAUGAGAUGUAAAAAUAGCAAAGUUAUCCUGAAAUACUAAUUUACUAUGUUCAAAUAUUUUUUUUUAUAUACUGAUAUUUUAUAAGCUGAGAAUUUGCAGCACAUGGCUAUAUAAAGUUGAAAUCAACUUGCUAUUUAAUUCUUGAGUACCCAAAAACAGCUGUAUAAAUAACUUCAUUUGAUACAUUUUGUACACAGAAACAGAAUUUAAACUUGCCAACAGUUUGUCUUAACUUUCUGGCAUCCUAUUUUGACAUGGAAGGGAGGCAGGUAAGAAACUAAUGUUAUUUUGUCCAAACAGUGUGUCAAGAAGAGGUUUAUAGCUCGUCUCAUUAUAUUUUAAAUAAAAAUAAUUUAUAUCUUUUGUACUGAAGAUUGAUUUCGGAAUAAAUUGUCUGAAAAAUUAGGUGAAACUUUUCUGAUCCCUUUUUAAAAUAUAAAAAUGAUUUAUGAUAAUGACGAAUAACUUGUCUCCCUUUGUCCUGUGUUGUUUCCCUUUGUCCUCUGUUUACAGCCAGGAGUGGAUGAAGUUUCCGCUCUAGAAAUUAUUGAGGAUCUAAGUGAAAGCUGCCUUGAACACUUUUGGUCUUCUUUUGGUUUGACAGUCAUCACUGAAAAUUUUUGGUUAGUCCUGUUACAAAAUAAAGAGUAUAAAAACACACAAUUUUUUAACAUGGUUAACUUAAAUUUAAACAAAAAGAAGUCAAAAAUUUUUUUAAAAUGUACUUUUACUGAGUUAUAUUUAUUAUUAAUUUGAAUAAAUAUGGAUUAUUAAUAGAAUAUUGCUAUUACUAAUUUUUAAAAAAAUAUUUUUUUUUUCCUCAGCACUCACUCCAAUAUCUUGGCAAAAGAAAAUGAGGACUCAUACGAGGCAUCACCUAACUUACCCAUGCUUGGUGUGAGGAAGAUCUUAGAUCAGGAUGUGGCAGCACAUCAAGGCACAGAGCAGAGGAAGAUUAACAUGCCAGGUCUCCUGCCAGAUUCACCUUUUGGAUUCGUUACAGCCUUUCUUAGAUUACUGUUGGCCGUAUGCAGGCGACACAAAGGAAUGAUCCCAAAGGUAGGGAAACUAGAAGCCCCAAGCAUAAAUUGUAUCUAGAGUUUGAUAAUUAUGGCCAAAUUUCAAAGAUUUUUAUGGGGAUUACCACUGAUGUUAAAGUAGUUACUAAUAUUUAAAGUUACACUAAUGUUACAGAAUAUGUGUAGGCCUAAUUUUAGCCACCACCACUUGUCUCCCCUUUGUUUUUUUUUUAUAUUGACGUUACCAAGUAAAUGUGCCGUGCCACUCCUUUUACUCACCCCACCCUUGAGUGGUAAAAGUUUGUUUACGUUUGAAUACAUUCUGUUUGUUCUAAAGAAUGCUAUCAGGUGAUGCCAUUUCUAGAAUUUCUUUACCUGAUCGUUCUGAUUUAAUCCCUGUAUAUAGGCCGGCAGCUUUCCUAGCAGAGAGAGAGAUUUUUGCUGAAUUUAUAGACAUUUACAAGACAUUAUAUAAUUUUAAGAUUGUGCUCGUUAUGUACCCACUAGACAACUCUGCUCAUUCGAUAGUGGCAAACUCUCAAUACCACGUGUUCGCCUUGAGACUUACGGAAGACGCACUUUCGCAUUUUCUGGCCCAACAAUUUGGAACACACUUCCUGACGCUCUCAGAAGCAGCCAGACACCGAAUUGAAAACACAUCUAUUUCACAAACACCUUCUGGGAUGAUGUUGUCUACCAUCUUUUCCAGCUGGCUAUUAUCUCCUAGAUGUAUAUUGGCCUUCGUUGUUUAUUUUUGUAAGGGAUGAAAGACUUAGAAUGGGUAUUCUCGUAUGUAUUUUUUGUAAUGUUGCGUUUUGUAUUUCAAUGUGGUAUACUGUUAGAUUUUUUUUAUAUGGUUGACUUUGUACCGCGCUUCAAGGCUUUGGGGAUGAAGCGUGAUUUUCAAAUAAACUUUGUUAUUAUUAUUAGUAUGUGUGUGUGUCAAUUAAUAUUUUAAUUUUUUGAGGAUUUGACCCUUUGACUUGCUGUGCUGCAAAGUUGACACAGUUGUUAAUUUUUUGUAUUUGAAUUGGUAUUUUCAUAGACAUUUGACAGUGUAGACAGUGAACAUUUUUAGUAUCGUUUUCUUGAUAUACUGGUUUUCAGUCCUUUGUUGCGUAUUGUUUAAUCUACUAGCCAAAUCUUAAAACAGAUGAAGUUUUCAAAAAUCACUUAAACCUUUGUGUAAAGUAUGUGUUCUUUCAGCAUGAAUCACUACAUAUGAUGCAGUGAUAAAUAUUUUUUCUUAUUUAAAAUAAUUUAAGAAUUCAGCUUUUAAUUUGUUGUUUUGUUCACCCAACAGCUGAUACAGCCUGCCGUAAACAACAAAGAUGUCCUCAGUUAUAUCAAGAAGAUUUCUGUCGGCAAGUCACAACUCAUCUGUUCUCACUUCACUCUUCAUGAGAAUUUAAUGCAUUAUUUCUGGUUAAAAUGCUGCGCUCUGGUGGUAAGUUCUUCACACAAAUACACCUGUAGUUCUGAUACUGUCUAAAUCUAAGUUUACAACAACAACAAAAAAAUAGAUAGAAAUAAACCUUAGUGGAGAUAACACAUAAAAAGAUUUACUCCUAAUCUCUUACAACGGUGUACCCGAUCACUUUCUGUUCUCUCCAUUUCUUAUGAAUUUUUAUGACAAAGUCUCGUAACCCCCACAAAUUGUUUGACUAAGUAUUGUAACACACCCCCCCUGCUCCACCCCUCCCACCACCACCACACUAAUUGUUUAAGUCUUGUAACACCUACAAAGUAUCAAUGCAUGUUAACAUUGAAAAUAAUUAAAAUUAAAAAAAAGGGGGGGGGGCUUCUAUGUUUUUAAAAUGAAUUACAAAGACAACUGUAUAACUUAGAAAAUAUGUGGUGCCUCACAAGUUGAAAGUAAAUAUGUCAACAUUUUAAUCCUAACUGCGAACACCCCAGGAUAUGAAACCCUGUCUUAGAGGCUUUGAGCGCAUGAUCACCCAUGGCAUACUUGGACUAGUGAUAAUGCCAGUUUGGUUCACACUUUUGUUCUGUAGUUUGUCAAACCCCGCCUUGAGAAUCAAUGGGACUGGAGAGUGUUUGUUUUGUUUCUUUUCUGUUGAUUUCAAUGUCUUCUCAGCCUUGUCCAGACAUGGCCAGUGCUCACAGGGUGGCUCUGCAGCUGAUUUCAAGACUUCAUUAUGGAGAAGAACAUCUGGUACAUGAUCUCAUGUCAACAGUCGUCUUCUCACCUGCAUUUAUCAGGUAAUAAACUCCACUUCCCUAAUCAAUAAAGAUUUUGCUCAGCUUGUAAGAAUAAAGAUAUUUUUACCAUAGUCCAGAUAUAUUUACCAUGGUCCAGUCUUCUUAUCUUGGUCAAGUUUCUAAUACAAUUACCAACGGAAUUUUUUGGAUUAAAUUAUUUCAAACCUAUUUUUAUUAUUCUUAUUUUAGUGAAGGGGAAGAAGCACAGUUAGCCUCGCAGGCUCUAGCAAACAUGUCUCUGUCUGAAUCUCUGCAUUUGAAGAGUGCCACUCAGGAGGAGAUCAACGUGAAUCAGUGUCAGCUCCUCCGCGAAACCUAUUCUUCCCUGUCCAAGAUCAGGGGACAUUUUCUGAUGGCUUUUGGUGGCUUGGAAAAAGCUGUUCAAGACUCAAGGUAAACAGCUGCUGUCUUAAUGAAACAGCUGGUGAAUUAAUGGAACAGCAGGUGUAUUAAUAGAACAGCUGCUGUAUUAAUAGAUUUUUUAAUAAGUUGACAUUGUUUGCCCUAUUGAGGUCUUAGUAUAUCUAGGUAUUCUUAGGAAUAACCAUGAAUAUGGUAGUUAUUCUUAUGAAUGAGUGCUGGGUGGCCGAGCGGCCUAAUAUGAGUCAAUCACAAGCCUGUGGACUAGAGUUCAUUACCCAGCAAAAGCAUGGACAAGCAAAAACAACACCAGCCUAGCACCCGUCAGCCUUGGAAGGUAACCCAUAUAAGAGAAGGCAAAUUCUGAAAUUAAACCAGGAGAUGUAGUCCCAUAGACAGUAUGACACAGUGAAAAUUCUGAUAACACCUGCGAUAUAGAACACAUUAAGAGUGAGACACGAGAAACACAGCUGGUCAUCUACUGCAUACUGGUCUCUUUCUUGGCUAAGUCUUGCCAUUGGAACAAAUAGGCCAGGACGAGAGAGUCAGGCUGACCAAUUGAGCAACUCUCCCUGACUUUAAACAAAAUACUGCUCAAGUCAAGGCCACUACUCAAGGUGAAGCCUUGGUCAUCUCUGCAUGCAAAAGAUAAACUAUAUAUAUAUUUCUAGGAAUACCCAUGUAUAUAUAAUUAAAUUAUUCUUAGGAAUACCAAUGUAUAUAUAUAUAGCUAUUCUUAGGAAUAAGCAUUUAUCUUUACUCAUUCUAAAGCUUGUUCAUUUAUAAGCCAACAUCCCUAGUUUUGGACGGGGAAAGCUUAAAAAGUGUAUGACCCGCUCACGAGCAGACCCCAUUAAAUAAUAUGCCAGUGUAAGCAACAUGAUGAGAUUAUGCUGGUGCUUAAAAUGACUGAAUAGUGGCGCCAUCUACUUCGAGUAUCUUUUUUUAAUGUUAUUUUAUGUUUCUGUGUUCAAAUCAAAAUAUGUCCCUGUAUUGACAAAACAAUGCAUUUCUUUGCCAUCGCCUCUAGCACCUGUUGGUGCACGAUGACUGAAUAAAUAUAUAAAUUAAUAAAUAUUUAUAUGUUGCAAUAACGUAUGAGUAUAAUGGACAUUAUCAGGAUCUGUUUCUCAAGUUGUAAAUAUUUGUUCUAAUGUUAGAUAUUUUUUUCUCUCAGGAACGUUUUCCUUUCAAACAGUGGUAGUAUAACUUCACUGAUGACAAAAUGUGCCGGAGAAAAUUUAAUGCCCAAAGACUGGGUCUUCUUGCCACUAAUUCAUGUCUACAACAAUGCAAACCAAAUGUAAGUCUCUUGCUGCCUGUUUGAAAUGAUUGCUUUAAUGUUUCUAUGCCAAAAGGAAUUCAAUGUACUGCCCAAAGACUGGGUCUUCUUGCCACUAAUUCAUGUCUACAACAAUGCAAACCAAGAGUAAGUCUCCUGCUGUCUGUUUGAAAGGAUUUCUUUAAGGUUUCUAUGCCAAAAGGAAUUCAAUGUACUGCCCAAAGACUGGGUCUUCUUGCCACUAAUUCAUGUCUACAACAAUGCAAACCAAGAGUAAGUCCCCUGCUGCCUGUUUGAAAUGAUUGCUUUAAUGUUUCUAUGCCAAAAGGAAUUCAAUGUACUGCCCAAAGACUGGGUCUUCUUGCCACUAAUUCAUGUCUACAACAAUGCAAACCAAGAGUAAGUCUCCUGCUGCCUGUUUGAAAGGAUUGCUUUAAGGUUUCUAGCAAAAAGAAAUUUAUAAAAUAAUAAUUAUUAAAAUGUUUAGAUCUUUUCAUUGUUAAUUAAGGGGGGGGGGGAGGAGAGAGGGGGCGACAUUAAAUUGAAAGUUAGCACACAACAUAAAAUUAAUCAAAAGCCUUGAAUACAUUCUGUCUUCUUAGAGGUUAAUCUGAUUUAGGUUUUUUUUUUUACGAACAUAUUUGAAACUUGGUUAUUCAGGUUAUUUAAUUCAGAUCAACAUGAUCAGGCAAGUUUAAAAACAUUGCAAUAAUUAAAUUGUUACAAAAUUAAAUUGUUUUUCAAAACACCCUGCGGAUUCUUACAUUUUCUAACAUGAGCUUGAUUUAGAAUUGAUCCUAAUGUAGAUUUCCGAUUCAAAUUUUAUAACAACCUUUUAACCGCACCGGUACACUUUUAUGCAGACGCUCUGUGUCAGGCAUGAGUAUGUCUCCGCAAGCCAUUGCCAUGGUUACAAGUGUGCUUCAAUGGACGUACGCCUUGGAAAUCUGGAGGCCAACUGAAAUGGACAAGCUCUCUGUUACUGUGAGACUUUCCAGGAUUUUGUGUGCCUUCAUUGCUGGCAAGUUGAACUCAUAUGUUUGUAAAUCACAACCUCAGAACUGAUACAAUUGUAAAUAACAAUAUCAUUAAAUUUGUUACUUAGAAUCGAUACAUUUGUAAAUCUUUCCGUUAUUAAAAUUAGGAAUUCUUAAAAAAAUGCAUACCAUCGUGAUAUGUGAAGACAAAAUAAAAAUGUUUUAAAAGGAAUUCUUUAAAUUUAAAGAAGUGAAAAAUGUUGUAGAUCCUUCAUAUUUUAUUAAACUGACUAAUCUUUUAAAAUGAGCUAAAGUUUUUAAUAUUAGUUACCUCGGUCUCAAAUAAUUGUGUGCAUUCAAUGUCAUUGCAGGUGCUGAUUUAUUUCUUGAAAAACCAGUCCACCAAUAUUUGGCUGGUUUGGUCAGAGUGCUCAGUUCACAGAAGUUACUGGAUAAAAUGGACUUUGAGGAAAAGAUUCCAGGAAUUACUUCCUUUUAUGACCUGUAAGUCUGCAACAACUGCCUGUAAAAUAUUAGUUUUGAAACAACAAAAACGUGGCCGAGUCCCUUGAUCUUUGCCAACUUUUACUCAUCUUGGAGUUGUCCCCAUGGCAAAAUGCCAGGCUGCCUCUUAUUGAAGGUUCAAUUCAACUGCAUUCUACUCUAGAUGUGGGUAAACAGUUGGCCAGAAUGGACUCUUUAGCCAUGUAAGGUGUGGUCAAAUAACUAGCCAGAAUGUAAGGCAGCUAUUUUUGGGUAGGAGCUAAACUUUAAGUUAAAAAAAACAAACCCUUAAAACUUAAACACAAGUAUUCAACUUAUCAACUAAAAGUUUUUAAGAAAAACAACAUAUUUUAUUUUUAUUUCAUCUCUUAUAUAUAUAUAUUACGUUUGUGGUGUGACUGCUUCCAUUUCUGGAUAGCGCGCUUAAUAUAAUUCCCAAUAAAUAUGCUAAAUGAUUUUUAUUUUAAUAAGGCAACUGCAUUUGGUGUGUAAUAUUUUCUUUUCGGAAAAUUAAAUUGACUCAGUUUAAAUAUGGUGUAAUAAAUAUUCUGUUUAAGAGUGGUUGGGCCAUCAGAAUAUUAAUAUAGUUCAUGGGCGUGAAAUAAAAAGUGUGCAAUGACGUAUCGUGGGGGGAAGGGGUGUAGUAAAAAUUGGGAUUCUCAAAUAUGCGUUACUUGAGUUAAUGUUUUGUCACGAAACUUAAGUAGAUAGGAAGUUCAUUCAUUGUCACGAAACUUAAGUAGAUAGGAAGUUCAUGCAUUGCUGUCACCAAUGUUUGGCGAGCUAGAACUAGUUCAUAAUAUUCUUCUUGAACAUGAAGAACAUGAAAAAUCUAGAUUGCCCUGACAGCACUAUGUAUCUAUAGAGAGUCUAUAUGAAGGAGUAGGUCUGACCUUAAGAGCAGUAGCCCUGACCAUAAGAGCAUUCACUUUUAAUCUGCCAUCCAGAAGUUAUAAGACACUGAGCGUUAAAAAUUCCGUUAAUUUUAUUUCAGCUACCAAGAGUUCUUGGAUCAUUAUGAGGCUGUGUCAUUCGGAGAUGCUGUGUUCGGUCUCUACGUCUUGUUACCCCUGCAACAAAAGCACAGCUCGAUGCUCAGAAAAGCUGUGUGGGGAGAAAGAAGAAAGAUGCUCCGAACAUUGCGGGUACCGCUUGAAGAGGUUGGCAAAUACACUAUGAAAUUGAAAGACAUUUUUAGUUUAAAUUAAUUUUUUUACAAUGUGUGGUAUGAUGCACCUUAUAAUUGAUUAUUAAAGUCAGACUCGUGCGUAUUACUCUUUUCAAACUCUUAUAAAAUAGAAAAUUCCCAAUAAAAAUAUUUAAAAAUUUGACAUUACAAAAAAUAUGCUACAACAUUAAAAGAAUUAAAAAUUAUAGCUUUUCUAUUAGUAAUAUUAAAAUUUAUUUUUCUAUUAUCAUAUACUGGUAAUAGUGCCCUAGCAAAGCCAGGUCUGCGCAUUGAGAAAUGUUUUGAAAUAUACCUCUUAAGGUAUGUUCACACUGCAGAUUUGUUUCAGCAACAAAACUCAUUGGUGAAUCCAUAUUGAGAAUCCACGGAUAUUUAUUGAUGUUUACAUAAUCUCCAGCUGACACAAAAAGCAGACAGAACUAUGUAAAUCAAUAUAUCAGGAAUUUGUAGCUAAAAUGGGUCUUUAUAUGAAUGAGUUUGGCUUUUUUCUUUAACUUUGAUUCUAGACCUAUAACCACGCAUGCGAUGCAAAGGAAAAUCAAAAAAAAAUUUUAAAUAAAAAAUCUUUUAAUCUAUAGUUUUAAAAAACAAACAAGACAAGACACUGUUCCUCUACAAUCUUUUUUGUCUUGCCCACUCAAUCAACUUGAAAUUUACUUCACAAUUUUUAAUCUUUGAACCACAAAGUAAGGCUGCUAUCAAAUACAACUAAUAAUUAAAAUUUGUAAACAAGACAGCUGAUAUUAAAUUCAUCGAAAGUUUUUUUUUUUGGUGAUCACUCUUUUUUCUCAGGGGUUGCUUGAGUCUAUUCUUCUAGCCUGUCGGCUGAUAACAACCCGUGGGCACAGAAAAAAUGUUAUGGAAUUGCUUUUGUAUCUUGCCAGCUGACAAUAUUCCGGAACACUCAUGAUAAUGAAACAUGUUGGCCAGCUUUUGUUACAACUGGUAGCACAUGGUCUCAGAAAUCUUGCCACUUGUAUUGCAACAGCCUACCCGGCUGAGAAUCUAAUUAACAAAUCUGCAUUGUGAAUGUACCUUUUCAGUCCCCAAACAGGUCAACUAGAUACAAAAUACAAGAAAACUAGUGCUAGGAGUGUGGCUGUGUUUUAUAUUCAGGUUAAUUAAUGUAUCCAAUUAUUUGGUUAAUUGAUACAGCCUGUUUUUUUUUAAAACAUACACCCCCCCCCCCCCCUCCUCUUUUAUUUUUUUUUUGUUUAAGUUUGGAAGGAUGAGAAACUUAAUUGAAUGUAAGAAUGUAGCACUUCCGCAGUCAGCUUCACCAUAGCAGCUCCCCUCCCCCCCAUCAAUGUUUCACUUAUUAUGUGACCCACUUUAAAACUUUAUAUCUAUGCUUAUCAAAAUCUUAAAUUGCACCUUUUGUCUGGAACUAGAAAGAACCAAAGGGUUACUAAAUUAAAGUAUUGAAUUUCUUUUACUGGGAUAUUUUUUUUCUACCAAUACAUAUUCUUUCCUUUCAGAUGUUGAUUCCAGUCCAGAAUUUUUUGCAACCAGAAGAGACAGAUGCUGAGCUCUUGCAGCUCUACUGUUCAGCCUUGCUGACCAAUGCUGUCCUACCAGCUUGGUCCCCUGUCAUGUACCUGUUGGCCGUGCACCAUUUGAACAGGUUUUUGUAUACAUCCAUUGAUGAUGGCAACACACACUUAAGGCAUCGAAUGUGGAAACAGAUCCUAAAUUGUAAACAUGAGGUAGGGAGUUUUAUUUUUUUAUCUUUAAGGAAGGAAGGGGUUAAAUUAUUAGUUUUUUUUUGUGUUCUGGUUAAGAAGGAAGGGGUUAAAAUUAUUUUUUUUUGCUCUGGUGAGGAAGGGAAGGGUUACAAUUAUUAGUUUUUUUUGUUCUGGUAAUGAAGGAAGGGGUUAAAAUUGUUUGCUUUUUUGUUCUGGUAAGGAAGGGGUUAAAAUUAUUAGUUUUUUUGUUCUGCUAAGGAAGGAAGAGGUUAAAAUUAUUAGUUUUUUUUGUUCUUGAGAAGAAGGAAGGGGUUAAAGUUAAUAUUUUGUGUUCUGGUGAGGAAGGAAAGGUUUAAAAUUAUUGGUAUACUGCCAGUGAUUUGAAGUAUUACUGUAUAUUUAUCUUCUGCUAUCAAACUGUCGAUUAUACAAACUAUUUGCUCAACAUGCGCGAUUAUGUAUUCUGGUAUAAAGACAAUGGUCAUGCAGUUUAACUUUUUUUAACAAAUGCAGAUACGUCCAUCUCCUUAAUCACAUAGAUGUCAUUGAAUGUGCAACUAAAUCAACACACUGAAAAUAAAAUGUAUUUUUGUACACACCAGUGGUUCAAAAUGGUCCUUGUUGGUAUCAUUGCUGUACAUUUUAUGACAUGCACCUGUUUUUGCUUAGUUUAAGUCUGAUGUUUGGUGUUCAUCUAUUGAAAAGAUUUUGUAGGAUCUUUUUUUAAGACAUAAUUUAGUUGUUUUGAAUCUUUUAGUGGUCAGUUUGUUUAUGUCCUGGUGAAUCUUUUAUCGGUCAGUUUGUUUAUAUGCAGGUGAAUCUUUUAGUGGUCAGUUUGUUUAUGUUUAAGUGAAUCUUUUAGUGGUCAGUUUGUUUAUAUCUAAGUGAAUUCAUAGAAAAACACCUUUGAAAUGGAAUUGUUGUGAGGAAUGUUAUGCUUUCCUUAAGAUCAGGGCUACUCUCAGGCUGUGUUACAAUUAGCGCUAGUGGUACAUCAUGUUGUACCAGAUUGUACACAGAAAUGCAAGAAAUGUAUAUGAAAAUUAGGGGUCCCAAUCCGGGGUCCCGACUCUCGAAAAUACCGGAAUGCCGGACCAUAAUCGACGCUCGAAAAAACAGGUAUUGCCGGGAUUUCAUUUUCAACAAAUAUUUAUCGCUUUUAUUAGAUUCCGUGUCGUAGUUAAAGCGCGACAUGGAAAUAAUUUAUGUGAUGUGCAAAGUACGAACUCCUCACACCAAGUGUUUCAAGUUCAAAGAGAGCCGACCGAUGGGCUAGACCUGUGUACUGUUCAUUUGUCAACUAUCACAGCGUUGUGAUUAGUUUUGUUUUUCCAUAGUGCGUGUGGAGUGUGUAAAUGGAGACGUGAGUCACGACAAGUUAUAACAUGAAAUAUAUGGAAAUAAUGACACGCUGCAUUCAAAUCAUGGGGUAAACUUUUAAAAACAAAAAUGUUUGAUUGCUUGAUUUCCUUUAAUUAUCCCAAAGUAUCUACAUAUUUAAAAUUAUGAGUAAAUCCGUAUUUUGAUAAUCAAAUACCUUAAGUUUAAGACAUAGAAAAAGUAUUUUGUGCAAACAAUAUUAAUAAUUCAUAUUCAUCUCAUAAUUGAUUUAUGAGCUACUUUGUGCCAGGCUAAAUGUCCCAGCUUGUCUGUACCGUACUUAGCCAAACAUUUACAUGACUGAAUGUCCCAGUUUGUCUAUACCAUACUUAGCCCAACAUUUACAUGAAAAUUUAAACAUUUUUAAAAAAUAAGUUGUACACGUCAAACCAAAUAGAUUGAAUUAAUACAUUUUUGUUAAUGUUUUAUUUUUCCUUCAUGUUGAUAGAAAGAAAUGGGGGACACUGAAUAAAAUAAUCCAAAAUAUGAAAAGCAUAUGAAACUAUCGGAAACAGACAUCAUGUUGGUCUUAUGGAGUCUGAGCGGAAGUUCUCAUCAUCUGGUUACUUUUGUUACCAUUUGCGCUCAAAAUUAAGUGAUCAAACAUGAGGCACGUCAUUUUUACGAUCUCUUUAUUUGAAUUUGACCAAAGAUUAAAACUACACAAAUUAUCAAAAAUAUUGAAAAUACCGGUAUUCGUAAACUUCAUUAUCGAAAAUACCGGUUUUCGUAAAAGGGACCAGUUUUUCAACCCCUAAUGAAAAUUAUUUCUUUUUUUUAUCAAUAUAAUUUGCUUUUUUGCAAUGAGUGAUCUCAGUUUUCUCAUUCAAGUAACACAGUUUUAUUAAGAAUUAAUUAAAUGCCAUCUCAAUUAAUAGAAACAUUUUUUCAGAAUAUAAUAUAAAACAUGGCAGAUUUUUCAAAUGCCUUUCAAUAAUUCCGUACUUGUGUUAGAUUUCUACCAUUUUGUGCACCAGACUAAAUAUAUAACAUGAUUGGAACUUGAGCCCAUCUUAUGAAUAAAAUUAACAAGAUUGAAGUCUGAUUUAUCACAGUAAAUUUGAUUGAAGUCUGAUUAUCAAAGUAAAUUUGAUUGAAGUCUGAUUUUUCACAAAGGAAGUCUGACUGAAGGGAACCCAUUUUAAAAGAUUUAUUGAAUUGAAACAGCAUUAAAUAAAUUUGAGAACCACUACUUUAGUGAAUUAUAGUAUUGAAAAAGCAGUGAUAGACUGUACACUUUGGAUGCUCAUGUGAUAAGAGCAAUAGACCGGCAGGUGCCGUUGCUGGUGAUAAAUAACUGUUUUAUUGGUACAAAAAUUUAGUUUUAUUUUGUUUAUUUUUUAUAUCUGUCUGUGGGUCUCUUCAGAUGCGUGAGGUGUCUGUGCGUCUCUUCAGUUGCUUGAGGCUAAAAAUGGGCACUUGGAUUAGGAACCUCUCUCUACUACCUUUCCAUUAUUUAUACACUAAAAAUGUCAUUACAAUUAAAUGUUCUAUUAUUAACUAUUACCAAAGUUUUAUCCUUGAUCUUAAUACUGAGAAUGUUAACUUUGUUAUGCAUGUUGUUUGCCACUGAAACCAUGGAGACACAAUAAGAAGAUAGGGUUAAAAAGAAAAUUCGACAACCCCUUAAAACAAAGUUUUCCUAAUAAAUUCUUUUUAAAUAUAUUAUUGAGCAAUGUGAUGGCAGGGUGGGGGUGAAAAUUUAACAAAACAUGUAUGCAAGUAACGCACUGCAUAGGAAUCCGAAUGAGUGCUCUCCCCCUCCUCCCCCCAAAGGCUCGAACCGCACAUUUUUUCCACGCCCCUGAACUAUAUUAAUAUUCUAAUGAUCCACCCACUUUUACACAGCAGAUUUAUUUCACCAACUAUUUCAGAAAAACAACAACAUUAUCCACCAAUAGCACUUGCAAUAUUUUUAAGAAUCUCAUUUGACGCUUUUAUCUGGAGUUUUAUUUUGUGAAAUCAGUAUCAUCAUUUUUACUUCAUCUUCCCCUUGAAAAACAGGAACCACUGAUUUUUGGGGGUGGGGCUGAAAAUUUAAACAAAUUUUUCGUCAUGGGCAACAAGUCUAUAUGCCAAGUUUCAGCUCAUAGGUUGAUGGGAAGCGGGUCAAUUAGCCAACCGAAGAUCUUGCCAGCGAGCCAGCAAUGAACAAAAGUGAAGUUGAUAUAUAGGAUUUAAAAAAACAAGAUAGCCUGCUUGUAGUUAAAUAAAAUUUUUACCUUGUGAUAUUUUAAAACUAAGUGCAGUUUGAUUGUAUUUUUAAAUUUAAAAGCAUCUUUCGUUUGAUGAGAAUGAAGGCCUGUGGCUAUUUAAAUUUGAAAUUGACAUUGAUUUUUAUUUCAUCAGGUUGAGUUAACAAACCAGCAUUGGUGUUUUUGUGUAAAAAUUUUUUUUGUUUUUGUUGUGUCAAAUCAAUAUUAUUAAUUGCUGAAAAUAUUCUGUUAGCAUCAAGUAUGACCAAAAUGUAGACUUUUUAAAAUAUUUUUAUAUUCCUUCUUAUUUCAAGUAACAAAAUUUACAUAUUCAAUUUUUCCUGUUUUUACAAGAAUGAAAAGGAAUAAAAUAAGUCUACAAUACCAUCAUACAUUCAUCAGCUGAUUUUUUAAUUAUUAUUAUUAAUUUUAUAAACUCUUGUGUGAAAAGUGUUUAAAACAAAAAAAAACGUAAUCCUGGUGUAAUGAGCAAGCAAAUACUGAUCAAAAGAUGAAAGAUUUCCUAAAUGAUGUUUGUUACUGACGCGGGUCAUUGUAUUUAUUUUAUUAAUUUGAAUUGUUGCAGUUGAUUGAUAAUAUUAUUAUUUUUUUUUUAAUUCUCCGUGCCAGUAGUUCUCAAUCUUUUUUUGAAUUUUGUACCACUUAAAUCAUGUGUUAAAAUGCAUGUAUCAUGAAGUGAAAUAUUCUUAAUGCUGGAUUUUUAAGAUUUGUAAAGAUGUUUGUAUACAUAGCAGUGUUUGUAGUAACACUCAUUUAAUUUUUACAAAUAAUGCCAACUUCCCUAAAAUUACACAGAGAAUUGUUAAUAAAAUAACUAACUCUAAUUUAAAGCAACCACUUUCAUGAGAACUCUCUAUUCCAAAGAAUUUGUGUCUCAAGUCUUCUCAUGUUUACAUCUUUUCACAGGUUUCAGAUAUCCUCAACUACAAGCAAGCUGACCUUAGUCUGCCUCGUGGUAUGGAGCUCUAUGAAAUGCUCCCACCAAAUAGGCAACUUAUGCUGGAUAACCACAAACAUAAGCCUUCCUAGGUAUCUGUUUGGACAUGAGCUGACUUUGCCCUGAAAAUAAUUUUUUUUUUUUUUUAAUUUGUGGAUUAUUUUUUAUAAAUUUAGGAGAUUUAUAGCAUUUUGAUUAUGUACUGGUAAUCUAAAGAAGUGUUCUGAAAUGAAGUAUUUCUUCCUUUAAUACAAUGGACUCAAUUUUUAAAAUAAUAGUUACUGUUAUAUGUAGAAUUGAAUCCAUCUAUAAUGUAUGCAUGUUUGUUGAAACAAUAAAUGAAAUAUAGAAUCCAUUAAUAUUUUAUUUUUUACCUUUACUUUAUUAAAGGAAAAAUGGUUGUUUUAAAGUGUAAUCCUUGGGUCUCAUUUUUUAAUGAGAUUUGAAUAUUUGUGAUGUAAUCAAUAUGCCUUGUUAAAAAUAAAUAUCAUAACUAAAGGAUUAAGCAAUUUUUAAAUGCUGGAUGAUGUUAUUGUAAUGUAAGUGAUUGAA